GCGUGGUCGCACCGCCGUUGGUGCUCCCACCGGCUGCUCCGGCCGCUCGCUGCGUCUUCCGAGAGGGAGCAGCAAGCAGUUGACUCUCCGGACGGCCAGCUGGCGUGUCGCGCGCUCUUGAGCUGCCGCUCCUCUUGUCCACGGCGUGCGCUUGCGGUCGCCGGUGCUCACCGUGUGCGCGUUUGCUUGCGGGUCAGUGGGUUUAUUACAAGGUGACUCCGUUCCGUGUGCCAUGAGCUUCGGCCUGCCGGGUGGUUUUCGCGUGUUGUCACUGUUGUCCACCGGAAUUUGACGCUACCGCGUAGCCACAUCGUUUUGUGUGUGUGUGUAUCAUCGCCAACGUUCGAGUGUUCCGACGCGAAAAAAAAAAAAUGGAGUGUAGACGCCGUUCUACCGUGACGGUUCUGCUUGCUGUGGUCGCGUGCAUCUGCGGAUACGCCAACGGCUCCUCGGCUGUUGAAGUUCAAUAUGACGUCACCUGUUCGAGCACGGAGAUGAAAGUGGUCGUCUUCCUCAACGACUCAGCGUCAGCCACAUACCUCGAGAAGCUCAAGGCCUACUCACAUUGUCAGCCACGAGUGUCGCCAGGAAAGGCAACGUUCAUCCUGCCCUUGGACAACAUCUAUGCUUGCGGAACAACAAGAAUGCACAACAAGCUCACGGGCCAAUGGAUCUACUACCACCGAAUAAUGGUGGAGACGCCCGGUGAGGAGACGCAAGUCAUUCUCGCCAAGUGCGUCCUUCCAGGGGGUUUCAACCAAAGCAGCACGUCUCGCGGACGCUCUCGUCGAGAAUCGCUUCCAUUCGACCUCAUCGAGCCCGAGCACUUGAACAUCACCGAGUAUAUCGAGGCCCGGGCACCUGUACCCUACCUUGACGUGGCGAUACGGCAAAAUGGUCGCGUGCUGGACACUACCCUCAACGUACAGCCCGGAACGCCGCUAGAAAUGCUUGUAUUUUUGGACCCAAAGAGCAGAGGCACCUAUGGCAUCUUAACCAGUUACUUGAAAGUCACAGACAGCGCCAACAAGCAGGAAGAAGUGAUCGUCAUGAAUGGGUGCUCCAUCGACCCGUACAUUUUCGGCAACUUCGAGACUCUCGACGGUGGUGACACACUUUCAGCCAAGUUCAGGGCCUUCAAGUUCCCUGAGUCGAAUUAUGUGCUCUUUGUCGGCACCGUCAACGUGUGCAUCAAGGAAUGUAAAGGCGUUCCGUGUGGCAACGAUCAAUACGGCUUUGGCAGGAGGAGGCGUUCCAUCCCUCCGGAGAUUCCGAACGAUCCGAACAAAGUGUUCGAAGUGGAACUCACCACGUUCCUCAAAGUUCAAUACAGGGACGACCUUUUCACGCUCAAAAAAGGGUCCAUAUCGGGCGAGUUCGACGCUCGGACGGCCAACCAGCUGCCGCUCAAGCAGGACGGGGACGCGUCCUUCCAGGAUCGCUCUGCUGCCGCCGGUCGUCGCGGCUGCUGCUGCUUCUGCGCGCUUCCUCUGCUUGGCCUGGUUUUCGCUUACUCGCGGGCGACGCUCAGGCUUUCCUUCUGAUCACGUGGUGAUUCGCUGGCCACUAUUUCAUGCCGAAAACUGCGCUUCGAGCCACCGACCUUUAGUUCCCGGUGACUCCCGUCGCACCGGAGAACAAAACGAAUUAUGUUCCCGAGAAAGCAUCGUCUCGUCGACCGUAUUUGAGAGAAAGACGGGAAGUGUGAAAGUACCGUCGUUAAACGGGGCUCAUUGAUCCCUAUGUUUGUCUCUUGGGUUUACUAGCGCAGUGUAAACGGAACACAAGGAGAAGUAGUAGACGGCCCGGACUAUGGUGAUAUUUGCGGUUGGCUCGUCUGCAUCUCGCCUGCUUGUCCCGUUUGUAUCGCGCUAGUGUCACGGACCACGAUCGUUGAAAAUCGCACCACCUUUUUUCAAGUCAUGCACACAUGAGCGUUAGGAUGCCAGUCAGCCCUCCGAAAGACCUUACGAAAAGCAACGUUGAUAGCGCCUCGCGAUAACUACUCAUUCGGUGAGCUCAGUGGUAAAAAAAAUAUGUUUAAAAUAGAUUUUGUUUACUCGUUCUUCUAUUUAUAAUAAACAAGACAAAAAUAAACCUAGAAAGAUGCAAGUUAGUUGAAAUUGGCUAUGUGGCCUCUUGGAAGAGCCGUUCUAAAAAAGUAAGGUAACUGUAAUUUAACGGUUUUCAUUUGAUGAUUGAGGAAAAGUAGAGCCCAUUAGCUGAAGUAGUUCUGCUGUUCCCCAGGACCUUAGCAAAAUAUUGCGUUAAAUGAGUUAGUCGCCAAACGUAAUGCAUAUUUGACACUGCAUGGCAGUGAUCUUCGAUUCCACGUGUUCGUUUCAUUCGCAGUAUCUUGAAACCUUACACGAGACAUUUCGGUGAAUGACUAGCACAUACCUAAAUAUUAUUCACUCUAACGGUCUGUAGUGUAUUCUGAUAUUUUAAGCGUAGUCAAAGUUUACA